AGGAGGGGGUGGAGCGGGAGGGGGUAACCGCUUUCUUCCUGAGUAGAAAAACGUCCCCCCCGCUCCGUGCCCCGGGGCUGCUCGGCAGGCUGCCGAGGCAGGAGCUGCGGGGCUGUGCCGAGUAGGGACCGCCAGCAGAAAGUGCUCGUCCCCGCCCCGUCGUGUUGCCCCGUCCCGUCCCUCCGCAGGGCGCUGCGGGCCCAGAGGCUCUUCUCGGCGGCGCUGCGGGUGCCGGCGGGGCGCGGGUCGGGCCCCGCGUACUGGAGGUGCUUUGAUCCGUGCCCCACUCCCGCAGCAGCACCGGAGCCGUCCGCAGGCGCUGAGUGGAGCCUCACAGACGUGCCCGUGUGAGAGAAUAAAUGGUGUUCUCUACUGUUUUGUUUCUGCUGGCAGUGGAGUUGAAAUCAUGGCAAAUGCUUUUUCAGUCUAGGACUGAGUGACAACCCUUCAAAGCAUAUGGUAUACUAACAUCUUCUUCUGCGGGAUAUUUCAAAGAUGAUUUGGCUCCCACUGGGAGUUGGAGAUCUGAUGCCACAAUGAGGACUCACACCCGGGGAGCCCCAAGUGUGUUUUUCAUACACGUGAUGUGCUUCGCCUUUGCUUGUGGCACCAGAGAGGACGUGGAUGCCAUGGUUCCUUUUGUUAAUGCCAACUACGACAGCUAUCCCAUGCUCUACUUUUCCAAGGGUGACGUGGAGGGUCUGCGCCUCCAGGCAGCAACCACUCACCGACACAUCACAGCUCGGCUGAUGGAGGCAGUGCAGACAAUGCUGUCAAACCCCCUGGAGUACCUCCCGCCAUGGGAUCCGAAGGAGUUCAGCGCUCGGUGGAACGAGAUUUAUGGCAACAACCUGGGGGCCUUGGCAAUGUUCUGUGUUCUCUAUCCUGACAACACUGAAGCCAUUGGCAUGGCUAAGGAUUACAUGGAGAGGAUGGCAGCUCAGCCUAGUUGGCUAGUGAAGGAUGCCCCUUGGGAUGAGGUCCCUCUGGCCCACUCCUUAGUUGGCUUUGCCACAGCUUAUGACUUCUUGUACAGCUAUCUUAGCAAGACUCAACAAGAGAGAUUUCUUGAGGUAAUUGCUAAUGCUUCAGGAUACAUGUACGAAACAUCAUACAGACGAGGAUGGGGUUUCCAGUACCUCCAUAACCACCAGCCUACCAACUGUGUGGCCCUGCUGGCUGGAAGCCUGGUUCUGAUGAAUCAAGGCUACCUUCAGGAAGCUUACUUAUGGACCAAGCAAGUAUUGGCAAUCAUGGAAAAAUCAGUAGUCCUGCUGCAGGAGGUCACAGAUGGCUCCCUCUAUGAAGGGGUGGCUUAUGGCAGCUACACAACCAGGUCACUGUUUCAGUACAUGUUUCUUGUCCAAAGGCACUUUGAUAUCAAUCACUUCAACCACCCUUGGCUCAAGCAGCACUUUGCAUUUAUGUACAGGACUGUCCUGCCAGGGUUUCAAAGGACUGUGGCCAUCGCAGACUCCAACUACAACUGGUUCUAUGGGCCAGAGAGCCAGCUGGUGUUUCUUGACAAAUUCGUCAUGCGCAAUGGCAGCGGGAACUGGUUGGCAGACCAGAUCAGGAGGAACCGGGUGGUGGAGGGCCCGGGGACUCCAUCCAAAGGGCAGAGGUGGUGCACUCUCCACACUGAAUUUCUCUGGUAUGAUGCAAGUUUGCGCUCCAUUCCUCCGCCAGACUUUGGGGUUCCAAAGCUGCAUUAUUUUGAGGACUGGGGAGUGGUAACCUAUGGAAGUGCUUUGCCAGCUGAAAUCAACAGGCCUUUCCUUUCUUUCAAGUCAGGAAAGCUGGGAGGACGUGCAAUAUAUGAUAUUGUUCAUAAGAACAAGUACAAAGAGUGGAUCAAGGGAUGGAGGAACUUUAACGCUGGCCAUGAACACCCAGACCAGAACUCCUUUACUUUUGCUCCCAAUGGUGUACCUUUCAUUACAGAAGCUCUAUAUGGGCCAAAAUAUACUUUUUUUAAUAAUGUAUUGAUGUUUUCCCCCGCUGUGUCCAAAAGCUGCUUCUCCCCAUGGGAAGGGCAGAUUACAGAGGACUGUUCUUCAAAAUGGCUUAAAUAUAAACAUGAUUUGGCUGGUGACUGUCAGGGACGAGUGGUUGCUGCCAUGGAGAGAAGUGGGGUGGUUUUUAUCAGGGGAGAAGGAGUGGGGGCAUACAAUCCUAAACUGAAGCUGAGAAAAUUGCAGAGAAACCUCAUACUUCUUCAUCCUCAACUUUUGUUGCUGGUGGACCAAAUCCACUUAGAAGAUGACAGCCCUCUGGAGGCAGCAACCAGUUUCUUCCACAAUGUGGAUGUGCCUUUUGAAGAAACAGUUGUUGAUGAAAUCCAUGGGGCAUUCAUUAGACAUCGUGAUGGAAUAUAUAAGAUGUACUGGAUGGAUGACACUGGCCACAGCGAGAAAGCUACCAUUGCCUCAAGAAUGUAUCCCCGGGGCUACCCUUACAAUGGAACAAACUAUGUGAAUGUAACAACCCUCCUGCGGCACCCCAUCACCAGAGCCAUUUACUUGUUCAUUGGGCCCUCCAUCGAUGUGCACAGCUUUACUGUCCGUGCAGACUCUCGGCAGCUGGAUGUUUUUGUCACCACCAAUGAGCACUCCUAUGUGGCUUACCUGUGGACGGUGGAGGACGGGCCUCGUUCUGCCUUUGCACAGGUUACUGCAGGUCGUCAGAAAAUUGUCUUUGACCGAACAUCUGCCAUUAGGAACUUUGCAGUGCCAGAAGUGAAGGACUACAUGGGGAUUGUGGAGAGGAACCUGCAGCAUUUUAAGCCUGUUUUCCAGCAGCUUGAGAAGCAGAUCUUGUCUCGUGUACGAAACACAGCUAGCUUUAGGAAGACUGCUGAACGCCUGUUGAGGUUUUCAGAUAAGAGACAGACAGAAGAGGCCAUUGAUAGAAUAUUUGCAAUCUCACAGAGGCAGCAGCAGCAGCGUGGAAGAGCAAAGAAAAAUAGAAAAAUAUCCAAAGGUUACAAAUUUGUUGAUGCUGUUCCUGACAUUUUUGCACAAAUUGAGGUAAAUGAAAGAAAAGUGCGACAGAAGGCACAGACUCAAGCACAAAAAGAGUUGCCUGUUGAUGAAGAUGAGGAAAUGAAAGAUCUUUUGGAUUUUGCAGAUAUCACUUAUGUGAAGCACAAAACUGGAGUUUCAAUCAAGGGCCGAUCAGGGUUGGCACAGAUGGUGGCAACCACUCGAAGUAGUGCCCCAUCAAUAUCAGCUUCUUAUACCCGACUCUUUCUAAUUCUCAACAUUGCUAUUUUUUUUGUCAUGUUAGCAAUGCAGCUCACGUACUUUCAGAAGGCCAAGAGACUGCAUGGCCAAAGAUGUCUGUAUGCAAUACUUUUAGUAGAUAGCUGUAUUUUAUUGUGGCUGUAUUCUUCCUGUUCUCAGUCACAAUGUUAGCAGAAGACCUCUACUAGUCGACCAAUUUAUGGUCAUAUAUAUCUAUGCAAAAGCAUUAACCCUAAUAGGGCCAAAGUUUGUGUUCUUUUCUUUCUGAAACAUUCCAAAAACAGCUAGGAAAAUAUUGGUUUCAGGCCAGAAAGGACUGACAAAUUAGGCAGGCAAUGAAUUUCUCAGAAAAUUAAGUACUUAGUAAGUACUCCUCCUUAGAGUUUUGAGUUGGGCCUCACAUCUGAGGGAACAUUAUGCUUUGUUCUUCAGACUUCAGUGAUACAAAGCUGUAAUUAAUUUUUUGGUGAGAAGAGCCCUCUUAAGAUAUAUGUUUCUAAGGGCUUUUUUUAAAAAUAUGGAAUUGGAUUUGCAUUUAGUGACUUUUCAUUUCUAGGCUGCUGUGAAUGCUUGUGGACAUUCUCUUAAGGAAAAACUAUUCAAUCUCAAGUAUGCAGAGAAGAUCGUAUCAGCAGAUGCUUUUUUUCUCUGCCAAACCAAAGAAUAUUUAAUUGUGGGACACUCCUGUAUAAUUAUUUCAGACACUUCCAUCAUGUCAUCUCUUCCAUGCUUUACAGUCUGGCACAGCUGGAGAUGGCAAUCCUGUCAGUACUUACCAAUGAGCAGCACAAUGUUUAGUAGGCAGCAGCAGAAGGAAGAGAAUAAGGAGCUGCUUCAAAGUACAGAGGAAGACAAUUCUCAGGAAAAUAAUAAACAAAAUCUUUUUCAGUCAAGAGUAGACUGUGGAAAGAUGAAUAUUGUGGGGUCUGUUCUCGAUUUUUACAAGGCAGGGUUUCACAAAAGUUUUCUAUAGUUUAAAGUGCAUCUUAGUAGAGAAAUAAUGUUCUUCAGCAUGCACUUGUAAAAAUACAAAAACCAAAGCAAUCCUGUGGUAACCUCAAUAAUUGCUAAUAGGGGGAAAAAAUGGUAUUAUGGAAGUAUUUUGUGUCUUUUCCUUCUUUUCACAAGGCUAGAAGCAGAGGACAGUUAAAAUUAUGUGAAAAAUCUGUUCUCUAUAAAGCACCAGGAAGGGUUCUGCAAGCUCAUGUUGGCCCCUGGAUCAGUAGAAAAUAGUGGAAAAUGGAAUCAUGUGGUUUACAGCAAAAAUAAGUUUGACAUCUCCACGUAUGUCUCCUUCUGUUCAUUAAACUGAUUUUAAGAAAUCACAGCUAUUUGAGAGAAUUGAAACUCUAUGGAAUCGGGGCAUAUCUGUAUGUCUUUACAGAAAAAUAAUUUUUCCAGUACAUUUGUUAAAUAAAAAUAUAAUUUUCUCCAAGGGAAAAAAGAUGUUUCUCUUUGAUCAGAAUAUUUUUCUUAUUAAUUGCAGUAAUAAUGUUAAUCAGCGCUUUGUUCAAACCAUAAAACUUUGCUUCCUUUUCCUUACACCCAUUUAGAUAUGUUAUCUACACUGCUAUUUUUAAGCCUUCUGGAGACUAUGCAUUGAAAUAUGCUGAGCUUUUCUUGUCUAAACCUUUUUACUGAACAGAUCAGAAUAUUUUCAUUAUUAUAUUCCAGAUAGUGAGCCAUAUCUGCACCGUGUUCACAUGCAGAAGCACUGCUACAAUCUUUGAUGCCUGGAUUUAGCCGAUAAAAUUUGACAUGUUUAGUCUAGGAAAAGGAAGCUGACUGGUUGCAUGAUGUUACUUACAGUGUAAGUAUGUCUAGAUUGUGAAUAGCUGUGUGUCACUAGACAUUUCCUUUUUGUCUUUGCACAGGAAUAACAGGUAUGUAUGGAGAAAUAGCUGUUGGUUAUUUUCUUUUUUUAGUAUUAGAUACUUGUAUAUCUGUGUCCUCUUUGGAGAUGGUUGAACCUUUAGAAAAAUGAAGAUCUGUGAUGACUGUGAGCCUUUACUAGACUAACGUAAUCAGUGGCAUUUAUAUAGAUCUUUCACUACAAUUGACAACUGUGUAUGUUUUCCCUCAGCCAGGUCACCAUUGCUUUGCUGGACAGUCAGAAAGGUAAACUCUCAUCACUCUAGUCCAAAAAGCUUUUGAGAAGUGCCUGCAUUUCUUGUCUGGCUCUGUACAGUGUGCCAUCCGAAUUCUAGUACAGGAUUAGUAUGUGUGUCCAAUGAAACUACAGAAUUAUGGAAAAUAAGAUAUGGUUGUGGACAUUACCUCUUGUUUGCAUUAUGCUUCUCUGCACCAUUGUAUCAAUGAGAAGACAAAAAGGUGGAUAGAAGAGAUCUCUGUGCUCAGAGCCAGGUCUUACAGCAGCUUGUACAGCCAACUAGCAUUUAAAUGUGGAAUGAGUGUACAUGCAGUGAUGGAGUGAAGGGAAAUGAAAGUAGUCUCAUGUACUUUUUUACUUAUUGUUUUCUAAACUGACACCUUUAAAGAAGUCCUUCUUUAAUGUUUGUUCAAGUUUUGUUUCAAUUUCUUGCUUCCAUUCUUCUUCCCCCUUCAUCUUUCUCUCAGUCCUUAGCAAAGUUUAUCACAGAAUCACAAAAUUGCAAGGGUUGGAAGGACCUUCAGAAAGCAUUGAGUCCAGUGCCUCUGCAAGCAAGUCCCCUACAGCAGGCUGCAUGGGUUGGUGUCCAUGCAAGUCUUGAAUAUCUCCAGAGAAGGAGAAUCCACAACCUGUGGCAGUGUGUUCCAGUGCUCUGUCACCCUUAUGAGUUCCUUCACAUAUUGGUGUGGAACUUCCAGUGCUCAAGUUUAUGGCCAUUUCCCUUUGUCCUGUCCCCACAGACUGCUAAACAUAAGUUGGUCAUGUCUGUCUAACUCCCACACUUAAGAUAUUUAUAAACAUUAAUAAGGUCAUGUCUGACUUGUCUUCUCUCCAGGCUGAACAGACCCAGUAUGCUCAGAAAGGCUCUCCUCACAGGGGAGAUGCUUGAGGCCCUUUAUCAUCCUCAUGGCCCUCUGUUGGACUUUUUCCAGGAGAUCUCUGUCUUUUUGUACUGGGGAGCCCAGAACUGGAUACAGUACUCCAGGUGAGGCCUUACCAGGGCAAAGUAAAGGGGGAAGAUCAGGUUCACACUAGUCACGCUACAAAGCGUUUCUGGCCUGUACCUCUGAUCCCAUUCUUAGUCUGCCUCUUUUUGCUUUCUUAAAAUGUUCAUGUUCUGCAUCUCUGGCCACAGGAAAAUAUGGUUAUUCUACAAGUGGCUUCUCUCAGCUUCGGUUCAGAACUUGAUUUUUUGUCAUGCAAAUUUGUUUUAGGGAUACAGUCUAAAUUAACCUGGACUUAGUUCAAUGCAUUCUGAGCAGUCAUUGGAAAUUCAUCUCACUGGUAGUUGUGUGAAUCUUUAAGUGUAGAAUCUGGUUCUUAGAUUUGUAAGUUAUUUCAGAUUAUCUAAAAACUGGAUGUUUAUGUUAUAUACAUCAUUGUGACUAAGGGAAGCAAAGGGAAUGGAGCACAUUACCUCAUUUCUUAAAUCUUUGAAGAUUAGAGUUGAUUCUUAAGUAUUCUAUCUCUGAAAUGUAUCAAAUUAUUCUGUUACCUAUGUACUUUCCAAUGAUUAAUUUUUUUCUUAGUCUUUGAAAGUAUAUAUUGUCUGGAAAACAGAUUUUUGCACCAGGCCAUUACAAGCAUAUUUAUUGGGUCUGUUAAAGUCUUACUUUGGACCAUAUACACUACUGUCUAACAUUAAUCCUUUUGAUCUGGCUACUCUUUUAGAAUUCAGAAGGAUAAUGUUAAGCUGUAAAGUUAGACUCAGCUAGUGGAGACCAGAUUUUAUUUCCUGUCCUUUCUUGGUUGUUGACUCCAGAAGUCUGCACCAGGAGGCCUAUGUCAUCCAGCGCUGGAUGUAUCCAUAAGGUCCUCAGCACUCAACCUGUUUCCUAAACCAGUUCAACCUUGAAAUAAAGCACUUCAAAUAAUAUAAAAACUAACAUCAGCUAACAUCAGUUUUUCUCCUGAUAAUAACUAAUAAAUAUGAGUGAUUAAUUUAACUCCAUACUUCCCUGGUUUGCUACUCUAAUGAACAGCAAAACAAUUAAUUUCAUUAGAAUUCAGAUUUCAUCUUCGGUUUUCAAUGAAUCUGAAUAUAACUGCAGUAGCCACAAGAUACUAAGGAGAGUGUGAAUCCAUACAGGCAAGACCAUAUCCUCCCUCCUUUAAUUCACAUUAAUAAAACUAUCAAGGAAGCAAUGUAAAUCAACCUCUAGCUUCUGCGGUAAUGGAAUUAUGCAGGUAAUUUCCAUGGGUGUGAUCACUCAUAUCUCCAAAAGGCAGAAGAAAAAGCAGGAGGAGAUGCUGUUGUCAGGUACAUAUGUAUGCUCUCUACAUGAAUGUCUGCAGCACAUACUAGAAUUAUUGUGGGAAUCCCCUUUAUACUGUUGGACAAACAUCUCUUUGGCCUUGAUGCUGAGAAAGCUGUAUUUUUCUCAACUGUUCUCAGAUGAGUUCUAACUUGUUUUGGUGUAAGGUCACUUCAAACCUCUUCAGCUCAUUGUCUAACUCAGGGCAUCCUGAUACAUGGCCUUAUCUAUCUGGGCUAUAGAUAUUCCCCAGUCACAGAAAGAAAAACACUGUAGGGUCUCUAGGUAAGACAGCCACGAGGAAUGGUCUGUCACCACCACCUGGGUGGCUGGUAGCCUACUGUGUCUGCUUGUGAGAGACCCUCAGCAAAGACAUUGGUCCAGCAGGGUUUCUGCGACUCAUCACAGUGGUGACAGUCUACAUCCACGUUCCCUCUCUAAGAAUCUCUUUGACAGGUGUGCAGGCAGCAGUGUAUUUGUAUCUGUGUGCAUAGCAUAUAGGCAGUGGAUUGGUACCUGUGGCAUGUGUCUACCCUACUAUGCAUGAGUUGUAUCACAUUCAGUCAUUUGACAGGACAGAGCCCAGUAUGGAUGUACUCUAAGACAGACAGUAUGUCCCACCCCAAUAGUGAAGUUGUGCAUUGCCACCUAAGCGGAUGCCAGUUACUUUUUCUUCAUCUAUCUAUUGUAGGCAAUAAAUUGUAGCAUGACCAUAUGACUCUGUAAAGACAGAAACUCCCAAACCACAAUGAGUUCACUGGUUUGACUCCUGCCUGACCCUGGAACAAUGGAAAGGAAGGCUGCCCCUGCUUUGACCUCACAGCCUGAAUCCUCUUGAUUUCUGUAGUCAAGUUGGCUGUAGGGGAGUGACCUUCCCCUUUCAUGCUCCCUUGAAGGUGCACACUUCCUUUAACUGCCUGUCUCCUGUGAUAGCGUAAAAGUUCUUCCAGCAGAUGGCAUUGCCAACUAAAAAAGAGCAUUACUUUGGUUCAAGUGGUUAAUGAAAAAUCCUGUGUUAAAGUCAGAGUGAGUCUUUUUGCUGAAGAGCAAAAAGGACCUGCAGCUGCUUUUCCCCUCUACACCCCAUCCCAAACUCUCUGUCCCACCAACAGAGAUGUGUUUACUAAAAGAUCUGCUAUUCAUCCCUCCUACAUUGCAUCAGCCUCUUCAUUUUUUCUGUCCCUAGAGGGAAUUAGAUCUGAAGCACUAAAACCAGAUUAUGUGGUAACAAACCAUGCUUGUUGCUGUGAGUACCAGAAAAACAAUUACGAAAAUUAUGACUUAGUUAUUCUGAGGUCUUUGUACUUCAGAGAACCAAAAUGGAGCAAGAAAGAAAUAUAUGCACGAAUGAGGUACAAUAUAUGCAAGAAUGACAUUUGACUACAGUCAAACAAAAGUCCACGUCAAGUAAGGAAGUCUUGAACCAUGCUUACUCCUGUCUCCUGAUGAAAUUCAUUCAGCUCUGUUUCAAAGCCUCCUCUCUUUGUUCUCUGAUUCUUCCCCAGAAAUGAAAACACAAGUCUUCCACAGAGUUACAGUUUCUCAGAUGUGAAUUCCCCCAUGACUGUCACCUUCUAUCAUGAUGUCUUAUAUGCAUAUGCCUCUGGUAAGCAAUCCUUGGCAGAAAUUUGAAUGAAACCUCCAUUCCAAGGAAACCAAAGAAAGGAUUUAUUCUUGAUGACAGAGAUUUUAUCCAUAUUGCAAGAUUUCUGUCUCCUAUUUUUUAUAUCAGGUUCUAAUUGGUUCUAAAUUAAUGUUAGAGUUGCUGGCUCACAAUUUUUCAGAGUUUUCUAGCACUUUUUUCCAUAUGAAUAGCUGGUUUGCUAGUAAUCUGAAUUUAUUAAGAAAUUACUUGCUUCCCUUAAAGGGAAGAUCAAAUGCUCGCUUCGUGGAAACAGAAGUGGUAGUUCCUCUGUGUAUUCUAAAGGCCAGAUGAGCCUGUUAAACAGUUGUUUUCUGCCUUAUGAAAGAUACAUAGCAAUUUCUCAACCCAAAAUGUAAAAUGCAUCUUGCUUUUCAGAUGAAUGGAAAACUACCUUUUCAUCCAGAAAGAACCCCAGAUGUUUAACAGUAAGCUAAUAGUAAUUUUCUCAUGGUUAAUUCACAGCCCUGCACUUCCACGUGUCAUUCAAUAGUGAUAUUCUUUCAGAUUCGCUCAGUAUUCACUCUAGAAAAUACUCUAAAUUUCCCAGAACUCCCCUGUUGCUGGGAUGUAGAUUUUUGUAGAUUCUUCUAGACCAGGAGGUUUAAGUCUGCUUAGAAUGGAGAUGCCAUUGGGGUGAAGCUGCAUAAUCACAGAAAAACAAACAAACAGACAAACAAAAAAACAAACCCUGGUCUGACUCCUUGAAUUUCUCUUUCUUUUUUUUUUUAAUCCCAUUCAUCCAGGGGUUGCUGCUUAUGUCCGAGAAUGGACACAUUUUUUCCAGAGUUCAAAAAAAGUUGAAAUGUCUCCUGAUGUACCAGAAAACCAGACUGUAUUUCCCUUGGGAGCAAAACCACUCGUCUGUCUACAAAGUUGUCAUUCUUUGACCAAAGAUUUGUUAAUACUCAAAUCCACUUGAAGUGGAGGGCUGUCACUUCUUUCCAAAAGCAAAAGAUUCAAAGACUUGAUUCCACUUGCCCCUGACGUGUGCAUACAGCAAUCUUGAAUAAAUGUAUGGCUAAAGGCCACAUCACCUCCCCCAUUUCUGUUAUACUUGAGAAACGUGAGAAGUUUCUCAUGGCUUCAAGCAGUUUUAGAUAACACAGACCCGCAGACUUUCCCUUGUAGAUUGUACCUGAAGUUCAGAUCUGUGCAGAGAGACAGAAUUGGUGCAAUUUAAUUUUUUUUAGUUCUGUGUUGAAUCCACAGAACUGAAAUAGUCGAACAGUAAGUUGCCCUAUAGACCAAGAGGAAUUCAUUAAGUUUCUUUUUGUCAUUUAUAAUGUUCUCACUUGACUUCAUGCAGAGAAGUCUCUAAAUGUAACAGCAUAACUAAGACAGACAGCUACAUGUGGGAAGCUUUGAAAGGGAUAAGGUCUCAGCUCUUACACUGCCUCCCUGUUAGAAAAAUGUCUCCUUGGGUAUCAAAAUUCAGACAGCUAAGAAGUCCAAGUUGGGAAACUGUAAAGAGCAGCAUAUCACCAUGCACUGAAGAAUCAACUAAUUAAAUUAGAUAGAAUGGUUAAUUUGUUCAAGUUUUAAAAAGUGGAGAAGAAUUAAUGGAGUGAAAAGGUGCAGAACAUAUUUUCUAGCAUAUAAACAGAAAGCAUUAGGACACAGACAUAGGAGGAUAGCAUCAAAUCUAAGCUAUUUGACAAUCAACACAGCAAAAUGUGGUGUCAUAAUGUGAAGAUAGCCACAUUCUUCUGCAUUCCCAUAUAUUAUAUAUAUGUAUGUGUGUGUGUAUAAAAAUAGAAGCCAUUGCACCAGCUUUCUCCUGCUGUUAUUCCCUGCUGCUUUUCACACCAGCAGUUCACAUAGGUUCCUUUCUGGAUAGCUGGCUUCGUGUAAACAAAUGGCCUACAGCCAUCAGAGGGUUUUACUGCUCAACCUAUAUUCACCUACAAUCUACAUGUGCUGUAAGGAAGUCUGCAUGGUUCUUUAAGCACUGGCUGUGAUCUGUGGCAUAUUUGCAGAGCUUAUAAGAAAAUAUGUAAUAUUUUCGUAGGAUUAGAAAGGAACAAGUUGUCAGGUUUUAUGAAGAAAUCAAGAAGUGCUGAUGAGGCAGAUAAAAGAAUUAAUACAUCUGUAGUCAGGUAAUUCACCCUGAGAAGCCAAUUAGUAACUUCCAAGAAAGCAAAGCUCGGUCUUUUUCCUCUAGUAUGUCGAAUGAUAUGGCAUAAAACUUCUUUUAUAAUUAUGAACACAUUAAAUCUGAAACAUCUCUGUAAUGUCACAUUGAGCACCAGAUUUCACCUGCAGAGCCUCCUUCAGAGCUGUGCUUCGUUUUGGUGUCCCUGUUCCUUUCUACCCAUUAAAAUUGCUUUUCAUUCUAAACGUAAUAAAUGCAAUGUCUUAAAAUACCAGAGUAAUGUACCCCAGUACAUGCAAGCCACGCAGUGCUACUUCUCCGCCUACUGCUCUUCUAAGUAUUAGUGCUACUAAUGAUUUACGUGGUGCUACUGGGAUGUGUGACACUUCACAAACAUGUAGGGCUGGUUCAAUCAUAAAGCCAGAAUAACUUUCUUCGUUUCACAAACUGAGGUAAUGGGCCUCUGGGGGAGGUCCGUCCACCUGGAGGGGAGGUGUGGGGCUGUGUGCAGACAAAGAUCCCACCAGUAAAGAUUUAAUUUCACCAGAAAAGCGACAAAAAGCAUUACAAGAAUUUUCCUAGGAUAAAAGGAAUUUUCUGUCUUUUUUAAUUGGGCACCAAGAAUAUAGCUUACAAAUCUUUAACCUGAAGAAACAAGUACAGUUGUUAUAAAAAUGAAACCCAUUGGCAACACUGUAGAGCUCAAGCUCUAUUCUAUCCAUGGCUUUUGGGUUAAUAAAGUGAAGAUGAAUUUGGGCUUGGUAAGAUUAAUGACAGAAAUUUAAGAUACAAUGAACUUUCAUAGAAGCAGCUAGAAAAAGAAUGAUUUGUCAAAAAAUGAGGUAACAUAAAACAAGAUCCUCUCAAUAUUUACUGACAAAUGCUGCAGUGAAGAUAUAUACAUACAUCCUGCAUUCAAGAGCAGCAUCACACACUCAGUAUAACAGCAAAACUACUUGGACUACAGCUAUUUCCUCCCAGAAAGUAUGUGAGAUUCACUCAGCUGCAAAAGGAGGAAUAGAAUUUAAAACAUUAAAGAGAAACUUGUUGAAACUUUGAACAAACUGAUUUGCUUUGAGCUGAUUUUUUCAUUUCAAUAAAGCAUACUUCAAAAUGAAAGGAUAUUUCAACUAACAAAAUCGCCUUUUUAUUUUAUUUUUAUAUCUCUCUGUUUUUACAGUGACAUUGUCUUUAUCCCAUUUGGUAGGCAUGAAAUUUAAUGCCAAUAAAUGCAAAAACGCCAAUUAAA